AUCUUCAAUUUAAGAUGCUUUUACACCACCGGGGAACCAAUGCAAACCAUUGUCUUCGAUGAUCUCACCCAAUACGGAUACAGGCUAGCUAGUCGCCAAAAAGGACUCGAUGAGGAACACUGUGUUGUUAUUCUACGGAAGUUGGCCAAAUUCUAUGCCACACCAAUGGUUCUAUUGGAAAAGAGUCCUUCCUUGAAGGAGAACUUCAAAAGUGGCAUGUUAGAUGAGACCUAUGUUCGGAGCAGUGAACGUUUCACCAACUUUAUGAGUCUCCAUGUCAGGACCUUCUCCGAUAUGGUGGCCACAUGGAAGGGCUAUGAGGAAAUCAGCGAAAAGUUGCACUCCUAUUGUGAUUCUAUAACCAAGGAGUUGGUGGAGACAGGUAGACCAAUACCUAAGGAAAUUAACGUUUUUAAUCAUGGUGAUUUGUGGGUCAAUAAGUUUAUGUACAAGUAUAAGGCGGAUAGCUCCAAUGUGCCAGAUGAUGCGGUGUUUGUCGACUUCCAAAACAGCUUCUUUGACAGUUCUGGCUGUGACAUAAACUUCUUCCUGCAUAUCAAUGUCCAGCUGCAUGCCCUCAAAUAUCGCCGAGAGUUUCUCAUAGAAACCUAUUACGAGACACUCCAAAAGGCUUUGAGUGAAAUGAACUACGGAGGAAUCCCCUCGUUGCAGGAGAUGCAAGAUGAAAUUUCCUCACGUGAUCUAUAUGGCUUCUUUUCGUUGUACUCCUUCCUGCCAAUAGUCGCCUUGAGCAAAGAGGACUCGGCUGAUAUCAGUCUGGAGGCAUUGGCCAACAAGGAGUUUGCCCGCCAGAAGGUGAUAUUGAUGUUCAAUUUAACUUGUUAAUAAAAACAUUGAUGAAAAUCCCUUCAGAGCUACCCACUUAAAUUAGAAAGAAUUAAAAA